AUGUUCUCCCCUCUCUUGUCUCACGCUGUCCCCUCCCUCUCUCCCCUUCUCUUCCUCCUCUUCCUCCUCUCCGUCUUUGUCUCCAUAUCGGCCACCACACCACUCCCGCACCGAAAUCAGUGUUCCACGUACUACGAACUCCUCUGCUGCCGAAACUCCUUUCCCCAGAUGUCGCCCAAGAAUGGCUUUUGGGGGUAUAGAUGCCGAACCCCUAUCGGAGGGUGCCUCCAGACUGUAGAAGCGCCGUUGUGCUGUCCGCGUGGUCAACUCGACGACUGCGUCCAGCCGGGGAGUCCCCCCUUGCAAGAUUGGUGA